AUGCCUUACAGAGAGCCGGAGUCGCCCUGGGUGCCCCGUGAUCCAGAGCCGGAGUCGCCCUGGGUGCCCCGUGAUCCAGAGCCGGAGUCGCCCUGGGUGCCCCGUGAUCCAGAGCCGGAGUCGCCCUGGGUGCCCCGUGAUCCAGAGCCGGAGUCGCCCUGGGUGCCCCGUGAUCCAGCAGCUUCGAAAGGCCCGCAGCCACAAAUGCCAGCAACUUCAAAAGGCGCGUCGCCACAAGUGCCAGGACCAUCGCCGCUUACUGAAGACCUUUCUACCAACGUCAAUGAAUAG